UCUUUAGUCUUUGCUCCAUUGAACUCGAAGAUGGCUUGGUGUACCAAAAUAAAAUUGUUUUUCCUCUUAACUUUGAGUUGGGUUACGGCUCAAGAGUACAUUGAGAAUAUGCAUGAGACAAAAGUUGGCACGCAUUUGAAAGAUUUACCACAAUCAUUCGAAGUGGGAGGUUUUAAUGCAAACACGCAGUUCCAGAAAUAUUUCGAUCAGAUACAAGAUUACGCUAUGCAGAGAAACCUAAAUGUGGUGUACAAAAUUAAAUUAGAGGUGGAAAAGCCAACGAAGUAUCCUACGAAGAAAUCGUUAGCAAAGAAAGGGAGGUCAAAGAAGUACAACAUUCCUUUGAAAAAGACGAGCAUGAAGCUCUCAAACUUUGAGGUGUGGCUGAGGAAGAUGGCAGAGCAAUCUGGAGCGAACAAGAAAGGGCCUCAGCAAAAUUUCGAAAACUAUCCUGCAAUCACAACAGAAGGAGUAAAGUUGAUAACAACGACGAAACAAAUACAGCUCAAAUACAAACCGAUUAUUUCAAGGAUCAAGCAUAAUUACACGAAAUUUGUGAAGCCCGUUAGGAACAGAAUUAUUACACUGACAAAGUAGGUUAUUUGUUGUUUUAUAUUGAACAAUUAAGAUGUACCUUUAGGUAGGUAGGGUUUUGUAAAUAAA